AUGACUCCCACGUUAUGUUUUCAUCAGCGAUCGUGUUCAUGCUGUAACGUUUCCAUUCACACCGAUUUCGUUGCAGUCAUAUUUGACGAGCUCUACACGACGCGUUACAUCGUCGAUAGCUUCAUCAACAGAACCGAGGCCUACGUGGAUGUAGCGAGCAACGCAACCACAUGUCUCUCAGCCACCUUCUCUGAACCAACUCACGGCGGCGUUUAA